UGUUUUACACAGUGAUUACUAAACUCGUCGUUUAAUCGUUAAAAUUGCUUCCUGUUGAUAAUAUCCGAGUACUAAUUAGUAAAGGUUAACUAAACCCCCCCUGAUAACGUCUUACUAGAAUGUCUUAGCAUGACUGUUAAAUAAAAGUAUUUGACAAGGGUUUUAUAACGAGAAGGGCAUCUCGCUAGUGCCGGACACGUCACUUCCGCUUCGACUGCUUUCGAGCCUCGAUUGCUGUCCCAGCAACAACAAGCGAGCAGGCCGCGUUAAAGCCAACUGUUCUUGAUCUAUAACGACACAUUUGGCAAGCAACGAACACACAGCCAGUUUAGAUACCUCCCAAAAUGGCCAUGGUGAAGAGUGGCUGGCUCCAUAGGCAAAGCACCAUUCUGCGCCGCUGGAAGAAGAACUGGUUUGACCUGUGGGCCGACGGACGCCUCGUCUUCUACAACGACCAGCAGCGGAGGGACAUGGAGGAUGACAUCCACAUGAAGGUGGACUGCAUUAACAUCCGCGGUUCGACCGCUUGUCAAGAGCUGAACCCUCCUGAAGGGAAGACGCGUGAUGCUUUGCUUCAGAUCGUCUGCAGAGAUGGCCGGGUCAUCAGCUUGUGUGCAGACAGCGCAGAUGAUGCCCUGGCAUGGACCAUGGCGCUGCAGGAUGCUAGAGUUAAUAUGAUGGUUGCAACUCCCCAGGUGGGCUUCACGCCAGAAGUGAUGGCCUCCUCGCCGCCGCCUUACUCGGAAUAUGCGCCGCCACCUCCGUUCUAUGCUCCGGGCCAGUAUGGAGAAUACCCUGCAGGUAGUCCGCACGCAUCGCAGAUCGUGUACGCCGCCGACGGACAGCCCUACGCCGUCGCCUACCCUUAUCAGUACCAAGGCGGCUACACUGCAGGCGGAGUCAACCGCGUGGUGAUUCAGGAGCGCCAGCGGGACAACGGCGGCGACGUUGCCAUGGGCAUGCUGGCGGGAGCGGCCACAGGUCUGGCGCUGGGGUCGCUCUUCUCCGUCUUCUAAGUGUGUGCGUUCUUGUACGUCUUAUCUACUGCAGCCGCAGCCCCCCACCUUCAUUCCCUAAUCAACUCUGUGAAGCAUGGCAGGAUGACGACACUUUUUCACGUACCCUAAAAUAUUCAACUUCAGCACUUUCUCCAAAGCGUGGUGUGGCAACCUCACUCUCCUUAUCAUAACCAAAACAACUAAUAUUUAAUAUUAAGAGUGUCCUGAUCCGAUAUGAUAUGGAUAGGGGUCCGAUAUCAGUAAAAGAAACAAGUAUUGGCUUGCUUCUAAACUCCUGGGUGUGUUUACUUGUACAGAGCUGGACAGCCGGCUAACAUCUGAAUGUGCUCCAAUAAGCGCACUAGUUUAGUCUUCUAUUUUAGUCAAGUCAUUUACAAAAAGUAGGAGGCUAUAGGCUACUAGGAGCUAGCAGCUACACAAGCACACCAUAGCACACAAGCUGGACAUAUGUCCUUAAUUGAACAAUAUUGUGGUCAAAAACUCCAUAUUUGUCGAUAUGAACAGGUAUCAAUUAUAAUUCCUUAUUACAGAUACAAGGCAAACGCAUAUUAUAUAGUGUAUAUAUAUAUAUACAUACAUAUAUAUAUAUAUAGUAGCAAUUGUGUCCGCAACAGUUAACUUACUGCGUUGUGAGCUUAAUCAAGCCAUUUCUAACACUCCACACUACAAAAUAAAGUAUGUAUCAUUUUUGCUGAUUCCGGAUUAAUAUUGGUAUUGGCCGAUACUCCGUUCUAAUAUCGCUAUUGUGAAAAGUUGUACUGGGACACCCCUCAUCUAUAUCAUAAAUAACAUUAAUGACUUUUUGUCAACAUGCCUUCAUCUUAAAGCAAUAUUUUGUUUGUUUCUACGGUAUUUUAGUAAUGUACACAAACACAUUCAAAGAUGCUCGGUGGAAUAUAACACAUCCAAAAAUAAUGUUAUAUAUACACACACACACACACAACAGGCCAAAAGUUUGGCCACACCUCAUUUCAAUGGGUUUUCUUUAUUUUCAUGACUAUUUACAUUGUAGAUUGUCACUGAAGGCAUCAAAACUGUGACACGUGAAGUGAAAACCCUUUCAGGUGACUACCUCUUGAAGCUCAUCGAGAGAAUGCCAAGAGUGCGCAAAACAGUAAUCACAGCAAAGGGUGGCUAUUUUGAAGAAACUAGAAUAUAAAACACGUUUUCAGUUGUUAAGUACAUAACUCCACAUGUGUUAAAUCAUAGUUUUGAUGCCUUUAGUGACAAUCUACAAUGUAAAUAGUCAUGAAAAUAAUGAAAACGCAUUGAAAUGAGGUGUGGCCAAACUUUUGGCCUUUACUGAUUGUGUGUGUGUAUGUUUAGAUGUAUGUGUGUGUAUAUAGAUAAUAAAUAAUAUAAUCAGAUUAUUAUGAUAUAAUAAAAUGAUAUAAUAAAUUAUUAU